AUGCUGCAUACUUACUUUGCAACUUCCAACUUCCUGGCCGCAUUCGCGGUGUGGCUGGGCGUGGUUGUGCUUGCGUUGACCAUAUUCUGUGUUCGUCGAUUGUACUUCCACCCAUACUCCAAGUACCCAGGGCCUCUGCUGGGCAAGCUCACCAACUACUAUGCGGUCUAUCACUCAUGGAAAGGUGACCAGCACCUUGAUAUGUGGCGCUGCCACGAGAAGUAUGGCCCAUAUGUUCGUUACGGCCCCAAUGAGUUGAGCGUCAACACCGCUGCAGGACUAAAAGAGAUCUACUCUCAUGGCAGAAACUUCAAGAAGUCAGUCAAAUACAAUGCCAUGGUCCACCAGGCCGCAAACACUCUGACCACAAUCGACAAACGCAAGCACGGCAAGAAGCGCCGCUUGAUCAGCCAGGCCUUCUCCGAUGCAGCCUUCCGCGGAUAUGAGGAAACUAUUCAGCAAAAGAUCGCGCAACUUUGCACGGCACUUCGUCGGGAAGGCGAUAAUUCAAAUGAAAUUGUUCCGGAUGGAAGCUGGGGGCCAGCCAAGAACAUGUCCCACUGGUGCGACUGGUUCACAUUUGAUGUCAUGUGCAGUGUCAUUUUUGGUGUACCCUGGUCUUCGUUGACAGAGAAGAAAUACCGAAAUGUGCCGCACUUGAUUGAAGUGUCCAAUGUGCGUGUCGGCUGUUUGAUAGAGGCCGGCGGAUCGAAGAACAUGAAGAUCGAUAAAUACCUCUUUCCCGCGGCCAUUGCAGCUCGGAAUCAGUUUGUCAAGUUUGUCAACGAUAUCAUUCGGCAGGGGAUGGCCAUGUCAGGCAAGGGUUCCUUGAAGGGGGCAUUCGCCUUGCUUCGCGAUGCAACCGACCCAGAAACACAGGAGCCUCUUUCCUUCAAAGAGCUUUGCGGCGAGAGCGCAACAUUGGUGGUCGCAGGAACCGAUACCACCUCGACCGCAGUGGCCGCGUCCAUAUACUACCUCUGCCACCAUCCCAAGGUCUACGAACGCGCCGUGCAAGAAGUUCGCAGCACAUUCCAAUCCCGUGCCGAAAUCGGUCUCGGUCCAAAGGUAAAUUCGUGCACGUACCUCCGCGCAGUCAUUGAAGAGAGCAUGCGUCUGUCGCCCUCCGCCCCAGGUCCCCUAUGGCGCCAGGCCGACGCGGGCGGAGCCACCGUAGAUGGACAGUACAUCCCCCAGGGUCUUGAGGCUGGCACCUGCGUAUACGCCAUUCAGCACCAUCCGGAAAUCUAUCCGCAACCCUUCAAGUUCGUCCCAGAACGGUGGCUGGGACCCGAGGCGGUGCCUGACCCGUAUCGCAGCGAAUAUUCGCCGUUUGCGGGCUUUACUCCCUUCUCGAUUGGGCCUCGUGGAUGUAUUGGGAAGCCGUUGGCGUAUAUUGAGUUAACGUUAACACUGUGUCAUAUUUUGUAUGCUUUUGAUAUGCGGCUGCCCCAGGGUGUCAAGGUAAACGAGGAUGCUGAGUACCAGCUAGCUCUGCAUAUCACGGCUGCUAAAGAGGGACCUUUGGUGGAGUUUAGGCCUCGUACCGUAGUUUAG